AUGAACCCUCAAGACCUUCACCAUCUCUGGCUCCACCUCAAAUACAAUCUCGUAUGUGUCAUUACUUGCUCCGCUAUUCUCGUUUUCGGAUCCACCGUUUACAUCAUGACCCGACCCAGAUCCAUUUACUUAAUCGAUUACUCCUGUUACAAACCCCCUUCUAAUCUCACCGUUAAGUUCAAUAAAUUCAUCCAACACUCCAAACUCAAAGGCGAUUUCGAUGAAUCUUCUUUAGAGUUUCAGCGCAAGAUUCUAGAACGUUCUGGUCUCGGUGAAGAAACCUAUCUCCCUGAAGCUAUGCAUAAGAUUCCACCAACACCUAACAUGGCUUCUGCAAGAGAAGAAGCUGAACAGGUUAUGUAUGGUGCUCUUGAUAAUCUCUUUGCUAAUACAAAGAUUAAGCCUAAACAAAUUGGUAUACUUGUUGUUAAUUGUAGUUUGUUUAAUCCAACGCCUUCGCUUUCUACUAUGAUUGUUAACAAGUAUAAAUUAAGAGGAAAUAUAAGGAGUUUCAACUUAGGUGGGAUGGGUUGUAGUGCAGGUGUUAUAGCUAUUGAUCUUGCCAAAGACAUGCUUCAAGUUCAUAGAAACACUUAUGCUGUUGUUGUUAGUACUGAGAAUAUUACUCAGAAUUGGUAUUUCGGUAAUAAGAAAUCUAUGUUGAUACCUAAUUGUUUGUUUCGUGUCGGUGGUGCUGCUGUUCUGCUUUCUAACAAAGGCUCUGAUAAAAGAAGAGCCAAGUAUAAGCUUGUUCAUGUUGUGAGGACUCAUAAAGGUGCGGAUGAUAAAGCGUUUAAGUGUGUGUAUCAAGAGCAAGACGAUGUUGGUAAAACCGGUGUUUCUUUGUCGAAAGAUCUUAUGGCUAUUACAGGUGGAGCGCUUAAGACUAAUAUAACAACUUUGGGUCCACUUAUUUUACCAGUUAGUGAACAACUUUUGUUUUUUACUACCUUGGUUGUUAAGAAGCUUUUUAACGCGAAAGCCAAGCCUUAUAUACCUGAUUUUUAA